AUGCAUCCAGAUUUCUAUUUCUUUGUUAUUGCCUUUUUAAUUUUAAUUUUUGUAGGGAUCUUUACAAGUCUGUUUAUCACAGUGGUCAGUUACAAGAGCUGGGCCAAAAGCAACAGCAUCUCCUCUUCUGAUAGGAUCCUAUUCAGCUUGGGCAUCACCAGAUUUCUAACGCUGGGACUGUUUCUGCUGAAUAUUAUCUACCACACAGCUGCCGGUGUUGAAAGGUCAGUGUACAUAUCCAUCUUUUUACAAGUGUGUUGGAUGUUUUUGGACUCCAUCAGUGUCUGGUUUGUGACCCUGCUCAACAUCUUGUACUGUGUGAAGAUUGCUAACUUCCGAACCUUGGUGUUUCGCCUGCUGAGACAGAAUAUUUCUCCCAAGACCCCGAGGCUGCUGGGGGCCUGUGUGCUGAUUUCUGCCUUCACCACUCUCCUACAUGUUGUGCUCAGAGAGACGCUCCAUCUUUCUAACUUUGUUUCCAAGAGAAAUGGCACUAUGUUUGGCACCAAUGAGGACAUCUUGUCUUUGGUGAUCUCUCCAGUCUUGAGCUCGUUUGUCCAGUUGACCAUCAAUGUGACUUGUGCUUCCUUGCUAAUACGUUCUUUGAGAAGACACAUAAAGAAGAUGCACAGAAACGCCACUAGCCUCUGGAGCCCCCAGACUGAAGCUCACAUCGGAGCCAUGAAGCUGAUGAUCUACUUCCUCGUCCUCUACAUCCCAUACUCACUCACUAGCCUCAUCUGUUAUCUCCCUUAUGUGAAGGUAGAUUUGAGACUCAGAUGUGUUUGUAUAAUUCUUUCCACUCUUUACUAUCCAGGACAUUCUGUUCUCAUCAUUUUCACUCAUCCUAAGCUAAAAACCAAAGCAAGGAAGAUUCUUUGUUUCAACAAAUAG